AUGGCUUCGCAGACAAUAGAGUAUAUAUGGAAGAUCGCUCGGCCCAAAAACGAAACUAUCGCUCGAGCGCUAAUGCAUGCUGCAUAUGAAACAGCUAUCCAAACAGACCCAAAUACCACCAGAGUCCUCAUUCGUUCCUACAUCCAUCCGUCAACUCGAACCAGGGGCAAAUAUGUCAAAGAUGAGCCGCAUAUCACAGUGGCUGUGAAAAACCCACAGCUAUCCCUAAAUAAGCAGCACCGGUCCAGCCAUGGAUAUACUCCGCAUAUCCGUUCAUUCGAUGUGACGAGAGUUUCACCCGCCGACGGGCUUACAAAUGACGGUGCUAGUUCAGCAUGGCCAGAUUCAGUGGAAACAAAGGUCAAGGAAACUAUUGCUGGGCCACCUGCCGUCUUGGGACCGAAGAGCCAAUUUAUUACCUGGCCUUCUGAAGAGACGGGGGAAUAG